UUAAUCAACAUUCCUCCCCACCAUUGGUCUAGACAUGCAUUCACACCAAACUGCAAGUCCAACAUGUUGUUGAACAACAUGUGUGAGACUUUCAAUGCAGUCAUUAGGCCUGCCAGAGAUAAACCUAUCCUCACCCAAAUGGAAUGGAUGAGGAGGUAUAUUAUGAACAGGAAUAAUGAAAAGUGGGAGGAUUCAAAAACAAUUACACACAACUUAGUGCCAUAUGUGAGGCAUGUUCUGGGGAGGAUAGACUUUGUGGCUAGGUCCUGUGUGGUGCAGCCAUCCAGAGGGAAUACAUUUGAGGUGCAGCUGAAGGAUGACCAGGUGUUGGUUGAUUUGGACAAGGAGACCUGCACAUGUUACCAUUGGGAACUCACUGGCAUUCCAUGUGUUCAUGCUUAUGCCUGCAUAUUGGAUAUGAGGGGUGACAUAGAGGCUGUUGUUGACCCAUACUAUACCAUGGACACAUACAGGUCUGCUUAUGAACCAGCUGUCCAACCAAUGCCUGGCCCAAAGCACUGGGAGAGAGUCAGAAUGAGGGAACCACUACCCCCUUCUGUUAAGGUGCAACCUGGGAGACCAAAGAGCAAAAAAAGGAAGCUUGAGCCAGGAGAAUGUUCUUCUUCAGGUGGUCAGGCAAGUACCAAGAGGAAGAAGCAAUGCAGCAACUGUGGGGGAUAUAGGCAUUAUGCCAAGACUUGCAAAGUACCUGCUGCACCAGCUACAGAGCUGAUAAAGUCAGCAGGCAGACCCCCACUGAACACUCCUUGGAUGGUGGAGGAGAGGAAGAAGAAAGAGAUUAGGGCUGCUAAAAAGAGUGCAAUUGGGGCUGGACCAAACAGCAUAGGAAACAAAAAGUUUCCUCAAGAGCAAGAAGGUUGUCUGCCAUUCAGCAAGCGCCCACAGCCACAGUCUUCCUCAGCUAAGCAUUCCUCAGCUCAGCCAUCCUCUAGUCAGCCAUCCUCAGCUCAGCCUUCCUCAAGUCAGCCUGCCUCAAGCCAACCAAAAAGAAAGACAAGGUCUUCCUCAAGUCAGCCUACAACAGCCACAGGUGUUGUAACAAGGGCCAGGCUGCAAUCCCUCAACAACCUUACUCAGUGAUGUACUCAUGCUGGAUAUCAAACAUUAUGUCUGUUGAACAAUUUCAAACUUUUAUUAUGUACUCAUGACUGGUUAUGUAACUUGCUAGUUUUUUAGUGGCUUCCCUUAACAAAUUUGAACAAUUAGAUAUUGAAUUGUAAUGGUUGCAUGGCUUUGAUUGCCAUUGAAACAUGUUGAAGUAA